AUGCUCCUGCGCUCCGCGCCACGCCGCCUCCACCUACUCCGCCCGCACCACCUCCGGCUCCUCUCCGCCGCCGCGCUCGCCUCCGCGGUCCCGGCCCAGUCCCCAACCGAGUGGGCCGAGGCUCCUCUUGCCUCCGUGUGCCAUGCCACCGCCGACGCCUCGCUCUUCCACGUCACCCUCGACCUCUCCGCGCACCGGGGGCUCCUCGCCUCCCACGCCGCCGCCGGCCAGUUCCUCCCCUUCCGCCUCCCCGCCUCGCCCUACCCCAUCUUCCUCGCCAUCGCAUCCCCUCGUCCCCCACCCCCACCCGCGCCCGAGACCCUAAUUGCCCUAUACGAUCACUUAUUGAGUCAGGUUUUGCUGAAAACAAAAAAAACUGAUGUAAGCCUCUUUUAUGGGGUUAGAAAUCUUCAGAGGAUGGCAUAUCAGGAAAGGUUUGAUGACUGGGAAUCCAGAGGAGUUAAAAUUGUACCUGUCCUCUCAAGACCUGAUGGUCAAUGGGCAGGGGAGCGAGGUUAUGUCCAGAAUGUGUUCUCAAGGAUGAAGAAUAUUGUAAACCCUUCAUCAAUGGGAGCAAUUUUGUGUGGGCAUAAACAGAUGACUGAGUCGGCCUAUGAUGGCUGUAGCAGCCGGCUAUGGUAA